CAUACUUGAAACCACAGAGGUUUUAGCAGCACAAAAUCUUUUAUUAUUACACUUUACAGUUUACACACACACACACAUGUAUCUAAACUCUUGUAAACACGCCCAUUAUUACCCAAUUUUGUAAUCAUGAAUCGCAAGAUUUUGAGUGGCACCAUGUCUUUAUGUUCGAGAUUUACUUCAUCUUCAGCCCCUCCUCAUCUACUAAGAGUCGGAGACAAAUUAAGGGAAACAAGGGUUUUUUCAGAUAAAGAUGUUGCUGAAUAUUCUAGAGUGAGUGGUGAUUCAAAUCCUCUGCAUUUUGAUUCUGAGUCUGCAAAAGCUGCUGGCUUUCAAGAUAGGCUUGUUCAUGGCUUGCUUGUUGCUUCUUUGUUUCCCACUAUCAUCUCUUCUCAAUUUCCUCGGGCUAUUUAUGUUUCUCAAAACAUUCACUUCAGGUUACCUGUAUAUGUUGGAGAAGAGAUUGUUGGUGACGUAACUGCAAUUAGCAUAAGAGAGGUCAAAAAUAGAUUCAUCACAAAGUUUUCAACCAAGUGCUUCAAAGAUAAUGGAGAACUUCUUGUUAUUGAUGGAGAGGCUACAGCAGUACUGCCUACUCUGAGCUACAGUACAAGUUGAGGUGCUGUAUAGAAGGGCGGGCGCUGUAUUUAGGAAUCUUUUGGGGAUGUUGAUGUUAUGGUUAGCCGACAUUGUUUCAAGUAAUGUCUAUAAUCCUCAAGGGGAAGGUGCCUGGAUGAGCUGCCCCCUUUUUGCCAAGUCCUCAAGCUACUCCUGAUACCUCGAGAUGUCACGCUUACGGAGGGCUCACACAUUUGAUAGUUAUUGUUUUGGUUUAGAAGUUGCUAAUUUGCCUUUUGGAUUUUUUUAAUCAGGUUUCAUCUUUUGUGGGUAGGGUAUGUUUUGUAAGAUGAGUUAUUUGAGUAGAACAUGACUGAAUUUGCAACUUAAAAGGAUUAUAUGGUAAUUAUUUUCAUUUUAGUACUA